AAAUAUAUACUAUUGUUGAAGAAUUGGUUAAACCAGCAGCUUUGAAAAUGGCGGAGAUUAUGUCUGGACAAAAAAAGCCGCGAAACUAAUUUCAGUGCCCUUGUCCGCAAAGGUUCUGAAAGAAAGAAUUUCUAUUUUAGCAGAAAAUGUGAGGGAGCACGUUAUUUCUUCAAUAAAAGAGAGUAAAUGCUUUGAUAUUCAGCUUAAUGAGACUACAGACGUUCGCUACAAAGGUUUGCAUGCAAUUGAAGAGGGAUUGUUGUUUUGUUCUUCUCUCGAGUUGAUAUCUUUUGGAAAUGUUGUCUUCAACAAAGUUAAUGAAUGCUUUAAUAAUGCUAAUUUAAAGUGGGAAGACUGCACUGCUGUGUCUAUUGAUGCAGCUCCAGCUAUACUGGGUCAUGCCAGGGGUUCUUUGGUUUUGGCGAGAGAGAAUAAUCCAAAAAUGAUGUUGACCACUGCACAGCUCGUGAAACAUUUGGAACCUGCACUGGAAGCCGGCAUACGUGAUGUUAUCAAAGUUGUCAGUACUAUCAAAGGACAUGCACUAAACACGAGUGUAUUUCAUGAAUUAUGAAA